GUAGUUUUAGUUUUUAGUGCAUGAUAACACUGGUUUGAAAAUAGGUGUAGUGCAAAACACGAUUCCUCCGCUUUGCUGGCUUGUUGGGAAUAAUUGAUUUGGCUGUAGUGUUGGAAACUAUUAUUGCAGACUUACACUAAGCUAACAACCGCAACAGCUAGCGAUGCUGCAUGUAGUCAGAAGAGUUUUCCAGCUAUCAGAGAUGUUGGGAAUACAAGCAGCUCUGUGGCGUGACGGACAGUAGAAAUAUGAGGAGGUGUGUGGAUGUGCUUUUGGAUGUGUGUGACACAAACACACACACACACACAUACUCGCUCAUUAAACCCUCCCAUCCACUUUAGCGAGCAACUUUUCCCAGGACUGUUCUCCGCCCGCUCUGUUCUCCUCAGACAAAGCUGGGAAACGGGAAAAGCCAACAAAGUGGCUGCAAUAGGAAGCCCAAUCCCGCACAGUGUUUAUGAUUUAUCCCUGUUUGAUUCCCUCUCCGCUGACACUCUCGCUGGUUCCCUGUAUUUUUACGUGGAGGCCAGUCAAAUACUCUGCUAAUCAUUCUUCCAUUUCCUUCCUCUCUUCCCGAAAAUCCAUUUUUUUCAGAUUUCAUACUUGACUUUCCAGGGAUUUCUGAUUGGUGAUGACUGGUUUUAACUGGAACAUCAUUGAUAGGGUGAUGUAAGAGAUAAACAAAGUAUGGAUUAUGGCAGAGUGAAAUGACUGUGUUGGUUUUACACAGAUCCUGCUCGAGUAUAAUAAUGGAUUUCGGAACUGUUUUCGUGAAUCGAGGUGUUAUGCAAAGGCUGGACGGCCUCCACGUCUGUCAGCCUAUGCUUGUCCAGCUUCUCAUUAAACAAACAUCGAAUGUACUUUAAUGUAUCUGGCUCAAAAUGAAUGUUUGUGUUUACACUAAAUCAAGCCUAUCGGAGUGAGCUCCAUCUCACUCGCAGAGAGAGCGAGUUCAGCCACUACUGUUGAGAGCUACUCAGGAAGCGUGUUGGCUUAUCGAGAGCAGACAUACUGCCUGGCCACUGGCUGGGGGGGUGGAAGGUGGUUUCCUGUCAUUCUUCUACUCAGAGCAGUUCCCAUGAGUGGGCAUGCAUAGACGCACUAGAGUGAGUGUGAAGGGAAGCAGCAUCACCUGUGUGACUUUACUUUUAUUUAAGACUCUGAAGAGAGCGGCGUAGAUGUAGGCGGACAUAUAUGCGCGGAGCGAUGCAUACGAUCCACGGUCUGUGUCGGCUCUGCAUCGAACGAAACUUGCCACAGGUGACCAUUUUGAGAGGAAAAGAUGGUUUUGGCUUCACCAUCUGCUCUGACUCCCCUGUACGGGUCCAAGCUGUUGAUCCAGGUGGUCCAGCUCACCAGGCAGGUUUACAGCAGCUGGACACAUUAUUGCAGCUAAAUGGCCAGCCGGUUGAACACUGGAAGUGUGUAGACCUGGCUCAUGCCAUCAGGAAUUGUCGUAAUGAGAUCACAAUGGUGGUGUGGAGGACAGUGCCUAUUAUGAAGCCUUACUAUGAGGGGCUUAUCCACAGACCUUCCUACAAACCUUCCGGAUUUGAUUCUAUCUCUUCAACUGCAAAGACACAAAACAAAACCCCACCUUUACUCUCUCGACCCACCAAUCACAAACAGGGUCGCCGUAAAAAAGGAAGUGGCCCUGAUAACACAGGAAACGGAGUAGGAGAGUCAUUGUGGUCUUGGACUGGCAAACGAGAAGAAAAUGACUACAAAACACGCACACAGACCCUUAAAGGUACCCGUGUGACAUCAUCAAACGGUGACAACUACAUCAUCCUCUCUCCUGUCAGCCCUGGAAACCAGAUAUUGCAGCCAGUGUAUUCUGACUCCAAUGGCACACUGGGAACUCUAGGAAGAAUCUAUCAGACUAGCAGAGGAGUGCAGCAGAGCCCAGACUACCUGCAGAAUGGGGGGCUGCAAGCACAAGCCACCUUGUGCAGGUCUAUAAACAGUAAGACCACCACCUUGCCUCCUUCAUCCUACAGACAGAGCUUUGCCAACUACCAGAACUGCACCAUCGUCCAGUCCCACCUGCCUCACUCCAACUAUGGCACAUACGUCAGUCUGGCCCCCAAGAUUCUCAUCUUCCCAGUGUUUGUUCAGCCAUUGGACCUGUGCAGCCCAGAGAGAGUCCUGAUGUUGUCAGAGGAAAUGAUCCUUCAUGAUAGUAAACACAUAGCUCUUAAGGCUACAGUGUUCAUCUACACAGAUCUGAUGCUGUUGACCAGGGAAGAUGAACCGGGCCGCUGUAAUGUUCUACAGAGUCCACUUUACCUCCAUGAGAUACAGCUGCAGGACGUUCCUGCAGACAAACUGCGGCUGUACAUCUCCUACUGGAUAGAGAGGACUGAAUGUCUGUUCAGCCUGGAAGCCUUUUCAUCCGAGCAGAAGAGGAGGGUUGUUCAGUGUCUGAGAGACAAUAUUGACAAGCAGCUCGCCCUGAGGGAUAGAAUAGGCCCUGACCAGAUGCUGGAACCAAAAGCAGCUGAACAGGUUGCUGAUAUGGGUCUGCUCGGCUUCAGCAAUCACAGUGUGUCUGAGCCCUGUUCCCCAUCAUGCCCCUCUGCGUCGCCCAUCAUGAGAAGAACCAACUGCAGCUCUCCAGCUCAGCGCCUGCACUGCAGCACCGGAGAUGCCAACCAAACCGCUCCGACCUCUCGAGACGCCUGCAAACCUCCAUACCUGGAGACCUCUGAGGUCUGGAAGGACAGUCCGAAGGAUGUGAAAGGAGGCGGCCAAGAGUCAGAACUGGAGAAAAGGGAGCAGGGGGAGGGCGAGAGCGCUUCCGAGACCAUCAGCAUUGGCGCCAGACCCACAUCUUCAUCGUCAUCUUCCUCACCUCUAGUCAUUCCUAGGCUGUGCCUGGAUCGCUCCUUCAACGCAGAGGCUUUGACCUCACCGUCGACUGACGAUGAUGAUGAGGAGGAGGAGGAAGAUGAUGAGGACAGCGAUGAAGGCUUUCUGAAGCGGAGGAGUAUGGUGGAGACAUCUCCUAGCAGUGGGCAGCAGAGCGGGGGCUUGUGUGUGCAGAGGUCCCUCCACAGACGCACGCACAGCGAGGGCAGUUUGCUGCAGGAGCCUCGGUCUCCUCGCUUCAUCUCCGAUCAGGCCAUUGACUGCAUAGAGGCCAAGCGGGAACCUUCAGAGCGCUGGGCUGUUCCAUCGCCACAGACCCUGAGGAAAGAGCUCACCAAGAACGGAGGAUCCGUCCACCAGAUCUGUCUGCUCUUUACUGGAAGGAGGGUUUGUGGCAAGCCAAACUGUAAAUGUGACACAGGAAAAACAGGUGUCAAACAGAAGAAAACCAAGAAUCUGGCCAAAGACAUGAAAAACCGUCUGACUUUUCUGCGGAAGAAGACCAAUGACAGACAUGGAAGCAAUCCAGCCAGCAAGCUUGAGAAAGUCCUUAAGUCAGACAAACCGACUCCAGAGGAAGCUCUCAGAUGGGCAGAGUCGCUUGAUGCGCUGCUUUCUCAUAAAUAUGGCCUGGUGGUUUUCCGCUCCUUCCUGCAAACUGAGUUCAGUGAGGAGAAUCUGGACUUCUGGCUGGCCUGUGAGGACUUCAAGAGGAUCAAAUCACUGUCCAAAAUGGCAUCCAGAGCAAAGAAGAUAUUCACUGAGUACAUCUCCAUACAGUCCUCUAAAGAGGUUAAUCUGGACUCGUACACCAGGGAGCACAUCAAGGAAAACAUGGAGAACAUCUGCGCAGACUGCUUUGACCUGGCUCAGAGCAGAAUCUUUGGACUAAUGGAAAGAGACUCGUACCCUCGAUUCCUCCGCUCUGACAUUUACUUGGAAUUAACCAAUCAAAAGAGACCCGGCUCUGCCGCAGAUCCAUCUUAAAGCUAUGACAACAAACGGCAGAUGUUGAAACUUUUUUAGAUCAGUAUUGCUGGAGACGUAGUAGAACAGGACCUGUCUACAAUCACAUAAUCCACUGAUGCAACGUCAGUCAGCUAAGCACCUUGGAGAGCUCAGCCCAGUGGAUCAUUGCAUGGACAGAUUGUUUUUGGAUGCUUCUGUGCUGCACUCUGUUGGACGGUUGCGGCAGUAAGAUGGCGAUAAAUAUGUAACGAACAUGCUGGAAGUGUUGAGGCCAAUCAAUUUGCCAGAACACCUUUGCACCUGUUGACCCAGUGGCAGUACAUAGAGGGUGCAAAGCAUGAUGGGUUUGGGAAAAAAAGAGAAAUUUUGGUACUCUUUUGUUCAGCUUUACCAAGAUACAUUUUCACUUUUCUUUCCUGCAAAGACCUCAACAUACUUAACUUUUACAAAGAUCCUAGUGAGAUGAUAUCGGACAAAACUAAAUUAGUAAUUGUUUUUCAAUUUUUUUUUAUCUGAGUUGCAGUUGACAGCUUGUUUUAUAUUCUCUCAGUACUAUUGACAGAACACUAAUUCUUAUUACUUUCAAGGGCUUUGGUAACAUUUCCACAUCUGUUCUUCAUGUAGUGGCCCCGUGGCUCUAAUUCCUUAUCUUUUACAAGUGCAAUAUAUAGUUAGUUAUUCUUAUUAAUAUUUCCUUAACAAAAACCGUAUAUUAAAGGGGAGAUGUUAUAUAUAUAUAUUAUAUAUAUAUAUAUAUAUAUAUAUAUAUAUAUAUAUAUAUAUAUAUAUAUAUUUACAUAAACAUAGUGUACAAAUGUUCUCCCAUAAUGCAUCAUACAGGCAAAGUAAGUUCAAAUGAAAGAAAAUGUAAUUCCUGAUGUAAAUAACAGAGGCUGAGCUACACAGACUAACGUUUAUAGUGAUGUUAAAACUGAAGGUAUUCUGUUUGUUGUCGUUGCUGUUAGUCGGUUGAUCACAUGUCAAAGAAACCAGAAUACCAUAACAAAGAAGCCAGAGUUUGUGUUUAAUAGCAGUCUAACAUAGAGGAGCAUGUGCUGUAUGUAAAUGUGUGUGUUCUGUGUUGAUUUACACGUUUAUUUACCAGUUAGCUCUUUGGGAGACUCAUGUUUGGCAAAUACAGUGUCAGUUUUCUCCUUCCUUCAUCCUAAUAAUAUCCUUCCUUCUGUAAUAAUAUUUCUUGUAUUUAUUUGUGGGGUCAUAUUUCACUCACUGCUGCCUUCAUAUGUAACAUACUCUCAUCAAAUAAAAUUACAUUCAAGCAUGA